CCAAGACUAGUAACAGCACGGACGCCGUGGAGAGCUAGCUAAGAACGGGGGACGGCUACAGAUAUAGAGAAAUACCGACCGGCGGCCAGCUGAUUUGAAAGGGUGUAUCAGGUACACGUACGCUGUGCAUGCUGUGUGGGGUACUGGGAAUUUGGUGAACUCCAAUCCGAAGGAAACAAGAACGAUCCAAAGAAAUCUGUUGACAUUAUUUCUUGUCAGAGCCAGACGAAUUGAUCAUCCAAGAUGGAGGGUACAAAAAAAGACGUGAUAAUUAUUGGAGGAGGAAUCAGUGGUUUGUCUGCUGCUAAGCUCCUUCAGGAGGAAGGGUUAGAUGUUCUGGUUGUUGAGGCUCGAGAUCGUCUCGGAGGUCGAACCCACACUCUGGUGGACCCCUCCAUUGGUUAUGUGGAUUUGGGCGGAGCUUACGUCGGCCCCACCCAGAAUCGUCUUCUCCGUAUGGCCAAGGAACUGGGCGUGGAAAACUACAAGAUCAACGAAGCUGAGAGGCUUGUUUGGGUUGAUAAUCAACGUGGUUACCCUUUCAAGGGAUCAUGGCCCAAGUUCUGGAACCCUCUCGUCAAUCUGGAUUUGAAUAACGCUAUCCGAGAGAUCGACAGACUUGGAGAUAUGAUUUCAGUGGAUGCACCUUGGGACGCACCAAAUGCCGAAGAGCUGGAUAACAUGACGAUGAAAGAAUGGAUCGACAAGACAUGUUGGACAGAAAGCAUCCGCCGUCUUUUUAUUACAACUUGUGAGGUUGGCGUUUGCAUGGAACCCCAAGAGCUAUCGGUCCUCUUCUUCGCGUGGUAUCUGAAACAGACAGGUGGAUACGUUCGAUUUAUAUCGAGUGAUAAUGGCGGCCAGGAGCGGAAGUUUGUUGGUGGAUCUCAGCAGAUAAGCAUUAAGAUGGGAGAGAAGAUCGGCAAAGAGAACAUCAAGAUGGAGAGUCCAGUAGCUCAGAUUAAUCAGAGUGAGGAGUCUGUUUCUGUGCACACCAUCAACGGAGAUGUCUAUCAGGCUAAGUAUGUGAUCAGCGCAAUGGCCCCACCUUUGACCCAGAAGAUUCACUAUGACCCGCCCCUGCCUCCUAGGAGAAACCAGCUGAUAUCCAGAGCCCCUGUAGGCAGUGUCAUCAAGUGCAUGGUGUACUACGACAAGACAUGGUGGAAAGAUAGAGAUUUUUGUGGCUCCACCUUCAACGUUGACCCAGCAAGUCCGAUGGUGUAUUCACUUGAUGACACAAAACCUGAUGGCAGUCACCCAGCCCUUAUCUGUUUUGUGGCUGCCAACAAGGCCAGAGAGUUCUGCGGGAUCAGCAAAGAGGAAAGACGAGACAGGCUGUGCAGAUGUUACAGUGCUGCCUUCGGUGGAGCAGAGGAAGCCUUACACCCUAUCAACUACAAGGAGAAGAACUGGAUGAAUGAGCAGUACUCCGGUGGCUGCUACACCUCUACCUAUGGCCCUGGUGUUCUGACUCAACUUGGAAAAGAGCUCCGUAAACCAUUUGGCAGAUUGUAUUUUGCUGGGACUGAAACUGCGACACACUGGGCUGGCUACAUGGAAGGAGCUAUACAGGCUGGAGAGAGAGCUGCUAGGGAGAUUCAGCACAGAAUGGGAAAGAUUGACGAGAAUGAAAUCUGGCAGGAUGAACCAGAAUCAAAGGAGGUGCCAGCCCUUCCGAUACCGACCACCUUCUACGAACGCAACGCUCCAUCUGUACCUGGCUUGUUUAAAUUCAUUGGUCGUACUGUUGUCUUGUCUGCUGUUAUCGGAGUCUUCGCGAUCUGCCGCCUGAAGAAAAAAUAAACCACAUCGAUCGACGAGCCGAGACAAACCAACUCCUGAAGA